CCCCUCAUCUUGCCCCCCUUUCGACUCAUCUCCCUUCUUUCUCUCUCCACCACCCACCCCUUCCUACCCAUCGCAGCCGUAUUUGCAUCCCUCCUUCCCCUUUCUUUUCCCAUUAGGGCUCAGGCCUCCUCCCUCUCGCACUGCCGGGGAAUGUCCAGCUAUUCGAGCCAUCUCUGGCGAACCCUGGAUCGGCGUUGCGCCCGGCGCCCGCGCCGACUCUCGCUGCCGAAGCUGCAGCGGCAGAGCAGCUAUUGGUCUCGGCCCAAGUGGGCCGCGGGCUCGGGCCUGGCCCGCUGCCGGAGUCUGGCCCUGGUGGCGGGGGUAGGGCUCGGGCUCGGCAUCGCUUUCACUCGCGAUCUGGCCCUGCAGUCGGAAUGCCUGUCGGAGGAGGAAGAGCAGCAGCGGAGACCGUCGGCCGGGAGCCUGGAGACGGCCCGGGAGGUGGGCCGGGACUUGCUGCAGAGGAUCAAGGAUGAAGUGGGAGCUCCUGGGAUAGUAGUUGGUGUUGCUAUGGAUGGAAAGGAAGUUUGGUCUGAAGGACUGGGCUAUGCAGAUGUGGAAAACCGAGUGCCGUGUAAGCCAGAUACGGUGAUGCGAAUUGCCAGCAUCAGCAAACCCCUGACCAUGACUGCCAUCGCCAAGCUGUGGGAAAAUGGAAAGCUGGAUUUUGAUGCUCCUGUGCAGAAAUAUGUGCCAGAAUUUCCAGAAAAGGAGUACGAAGGAGAGAAAGUAACGAUAACCGUAAGGUUGUUGGUGUCCCAUCUGAGUGGCAUACGACACUAUGAGAAGGAUGUUAAGAAAAUACAGGAACAAAAGAGAAAAGACAAGGGACAGAAGCUUGUUAAAGAUGCUGCAGAGCCAAAAACUCGUCAGAACAAGAAGGAGUUUGAACAUGAAGAAUACUACAUCAAAGAAAAGUUUGAGAAUAUUUCAAAAUCACUGAAGCUCUUUGAGAAUGACCCCUUGGUUUUCAAACCUGGGCAUCAGUUCUUGUAUUCAACACAUGCCUGGACCCUUCUUGGUGCUAUAGCAGAGAGGGCUUCCCAACAAAACUUCCUGCAGUUGAUGGUUAAACUGUUCCGGGAUCUUGAUAUGCUCAGAACUGUGCCAGAUGAAAAUGAGCCAAUCAUAUACAACCGAGCCAGGUACUACACUUACAACGAGAAGGGGCGACUGGUUAACUCUCCAUACGUGGAUUGCUCAUACAAGUGGGCUGGAGGUGGUUUCGUCUCCACUGUACAAGACCUGCUGAAGUUUGGUAACGUGAUGCUCUACAGCUACCAGGCUGGGCAGCUGCAGGAUGGGCACCAGGCAUUGCUGCCAGGCUACCUUAAGCCGGCCACCAUGAGGAUGAUCUGGAGACCGGUGGAGAAAACUGAACUGAACUGGGACAGAGAUGGCAGCUACGCCAUGGGCUGGGGCGUGGUGGAGCAAGGGCAAGAGUGGGGGCAGUGCCGGAAACGAAGGCACUACCUCACACACACUGGUGGGUCAGUGGGCGCUAGCAGUGUCCUGCUGAUCCUCCCCAAGGUCCUUCCAAUCUCUUCUCCUGGCCCAUCAGAUCCAGAAACUCUCCCACAAGGGGUAGUGGUUGCCGUCCUCUGCAACUUGCAGUCUGUUAACCUUAACGCCACUGCUCUGAAAAUUGCAUUAGAGUUUGACAAGGUCAGGAGUGCUGAACCCUCCACUCCAACCCCUGCCCUACCAAUGCUAGCAGAUGACAUAAACACUGAAAGAGCCAGAUUUCAAGAAUGAGCAGCAUUUGGGGCUGGAGGACGGGGCAUUCCUGUGCUGAAGACCCUCACUGACGAGUAAGCUUGCCACUCUGAUUGGGGAUCUGUCUCUUCUCCCUCCACUGCAUCAUAAAUGAUAUUAUAACUCAAGCUAAAGAGUGAAAUUAGAUUUAUUUUUUUAAAAAUGGGUUUCAUUCUUAGUAGUGACUAGGGUUUCAUCUUGGAAUCCAGCAGUAAUGAUGAACUGGCAUCCCUGCGAUUCUGUCGUUCUUGAGUGCAGAUCUUGCACGGCCGACAUUUAAACAUUUUGUUCAAUCAUUUCCAGUUGAAUGACUUUACAAAGCAAUGUUUUAUAAACUUUACUGAAAGAAAUCUAAAAAAAAUAGUUCAUUAUUUCUUUGUAACAGUAUUGGAAAAUGUUAAUGAACUGUGUUUUAAGGUAUUAAGCAAGAAGUUCGGUGACUGAGAAACAGUGAUUGAAAGCUGGGAAUGCUGAUUAUUCACGGAUAGAUUCUGCUUGUAGUAUCCAGACGUUCAGUAUUGGGCAAUCCCACAGUGAGAUUUUGUUUGUUUUUGUAUGAAAACCACAAAAGUUUUCUUCAAAAUCAUUAAAGCCUUUACUCGAUUGACAUCAUCUUUAGGAAUGUAUAUAGUGCACACAAGGACGUGAGAAUUGGAAGAAGCAAGUUGUUUGACUCAGGCACUGUUCCAUCAUUUAAUCAGGUCACUGCAAAUCUCACUUCUAGCAUCUUGUACUAAUACCAUUUCCUUUGAUCUUGUUGAUGUCGAAAUAUCUUUUGAUCUGUCUUGAACAAAUUUAGUGACUGAGCCCACACAGCUCCCAUGUGUUAACAAUUCCAGAGAUUCACCAUGUAAGAAUUUCUUCUCAUUUCUGCCCUGAAUGGUCAUCACCUUGUAUCUGUUUUGAGUCUCAGGAAAACAAAAUGAAAAUUAAUGAUAAAAUACAACACAGUAGAUGCUGGAAAUUGAAUUAAAAUCAAAUAAAAUUUGUUUGAAAUAUUGUAUCUCAUGUUGCAGGAUCCUGGUUGCAAACAUGCAGCAGAGGAAACAUUAAUUCUGCAUUUCCCGUUGGUCCUCUUAUAGACUUUGCAAACUAUUAUAUUCUAACUGUCAUGUACCCCGUGACAGGUUAAAGAACCAGCAGAAGUGGAAAACCCUUUUGAGUCUGGUAUAGCUAUUAACUAAUAUUAUUUAUUAGUAACUAUGCAAUACAGUAAUAUAAAUGCAUAUAUAUCAAACAGGUUAGCAAUGAAUAUAUAUAUAUGUGGAAAUAUAUGAAAACCAAGCUUCUUCAAGACCAGGGGUAAAUAGAUAGUCUUACGAUGAUGAGUAAAGUUCAGUUCAGUUUGUGGUUUUGAGUUGGUAAGUAAUGGAGAGAGAGAGAGAGAGAGAGAGAGAGAGAUUUGAGACUUCAGGUGAGCUGACGCCGUCGAUCUUCCCGUUGUCCUCUGAAAUCCUUUAGAAGUCACCGACUGUGACCACAACAAAGGGGACCGUUCUUCUGCGGUGGAAUUAAUAACCCAGGCGAGGGUUGGACACACGAAUAACUCCCCAUCGGUCACACCCUUUUAACACUGCGAGAGCCACUGAUCGAUCCUCCAAAACCCACCUUUUCUGUGGGCACAACAAAGCUCAUUCAGUGUCCAAGACCAUGUGCCUGUAGGUCUAACAAGUGGCUUUCUACUUAUCUCACUGUGCUGAACACCAGCUGUCCAUCAAACGCUCCGCCCUUCUCUCUCUCUAAGAACUUGGAAGCUGCCAGUGUCCUUGCAAAGUAUAAACAAACUGUGAGCAGUCUUCGCCUCUCUCUCUCUUUCUUUCUCUCUCUUUUUAACAAGGUGUCUGUGUUGAACAACAAUUCUCUCUCUCUUUUCAAAAACCCAAAAGCUGACAGCAGUAGUCAGUGUCCUUGUAAAAGUGUAAACACGAGCUGAAAGACAGACUCUGCCCCUCUCCCUCUCAGCAGAAAUCCAAAAGUUAGUCUCAGUUCUUUCUUGUGCCUUAAAGUGACAGUCCACAGCAAAAAGGAACCCCAGGAGUACAUAACAUAACGGAUGCCCAUGCUGUAGGCUCAGUCUGUUUAGAUUCAGAUUCAGAUUUAGUGAUCAAAUAUACAUUGAAACACACAUUCUAGGUGUACAACAUUCCCUCAGAAUUAUAGGCCCACCAUACCUCCAAUUAGCACACGUCGUAUAAUGUAUGUCUUUUCCCAGAACAAUUAUAUCAUUUUCACAAAUCACAAGGUUAUCAAUGGAUCGUUGGGUCUCAGCAGAAUUCCGACAUUCAACAAAACACAAGACAAGUAUUAAAACGGAAUAAAGCAACAUUCGGACAGGAAUGUUUUUAAAAACAAAAGGGGAGAGAUGGAAAUGAUUUCAUUCUCUCUUAGUCAGUUUUCCCUUACCCAGAAACACAGGAUGUCCUUGUACCAUCACCCAGUUUGUAUUUCCUUGUCUGUCAGCAAUAAUCUCACCCUCCACUGGAGGGAGAGACGGGUAUGUCACCCACACCUUAAUGCCCUUGCAGAACUGAAUUGGUUUGUGUUGUGCAUUCAGUUGUGCUGUCAGGAACAAAAGGAAUAUAUUAUUCUGUCAUUAACAGAAACGGAAAUAUGUGCUUUCAAGGGGCAGUUGUUCAAUUUAUACAAAACAUGGGGAAAGACAGGUAACCAUCCAGGUAAGGUAUGGGCAGAAAUAAAUAAUUUUAUUUGCUGUGUUAAUAGGCCAUUUAUUUGUUCAAUCAGAUCCCUGGCCCAAGAUUAAUAGGGAACACAGAAAACCCACCGUACACCAUUAGAGGCAGGCUUGGAACCUGAACAGUGCAAAUCAUUAUCGGAUUGCAUUUCAAGGGGAUUGUCAUAUGCAGAAACAAGAUGUUCUAUACCUUGCUUUAACAGUAGGUAUUGCCAUCAAAAGACCAUAGUGAAGGAGGUACUGGAAUUGCUUCUGUAAAGGAAGGGGAACAAUAUAAUUUAUUUGUCAAAUCUAAGCAGGAGCACACCCACGACGAAUGGCAGCCAAGGGUUGCUUUGGAAGCUGUAGCUCCUUAAUUUCUAAACAUAGCCCAUAAUUCCCAACCGCUGUAUGAGCUACGUCAGUGGGAAGGAAUAAUCCUUGCUGCCUAGACCACUCCACAGUACCCGUAAGCCCCAGCUGACUAGAAGACUCAAAGACUCACCGAGCAAGUGGGCUGAGAGCUAGAUGUCACCUUUCAGUGCAAGUGAGUUUGUCAGCGAUGUUGUUAAAUCUUGUCAUCGGUGAGCAUGGUAAACUGUAAUGGUAAGACGCGUGCGAUGAUUGGUUCCGUAACUUCACUCCCAUAAGCAUAGUAUAAGACUGCUGGGCAACCAGACAGCAAAUCCAUUAGCAACAAUGGUAUAAAUAUGGGCUCCUUUGGUUUCAUGCAUAAUGACAGUAUGCAUUGCUACAAGUUCUGCAUAUUGGCUCAACCCAUCAGUGCCCUCCUUCAAACCCUGGUUGGUGGGGGGGGUUUAAGGCAGCAGCUUCCCAACAAUGACCUUUCUUCCAUAUUGCGGAACCAUUGGUAAACCAGGCGUGCUGCUGCUGAGCAGGAGUCAGAAGAUCAACAGGAACCCCCCACACAAUGGGCCAGACGUCGGCCAGAGUGGCCGCAGCAGAUUGAGCAACCAGUUCAUAUACUGCACUAAAUCCGUCCAGUCUGUCUGAUAGCAUUUCCACUCUCCAAUUGAGCUCUGUUGUGCAUGUCUGAGAGUGUGUCAGAGAGUACCCAUCCCACAAUGGGAAGAUCAGGGCAGAGAGAGAAAAGGGAACUCCCCCAUCUGUGUCUCAGUCUCUACUAAAGCCCAGUGGCCGGCGAGCAGUUGUUUCUCAAAUGCAGUGCAUCUGGUGGCAGCAUGAAACCCUGAGGCAUAUUCUUUCCUCCAUACUUCUCCACAGGGUCCAGACAGCCACAUCAUCUCUCACAGAAACUUGCAGUUCAAAGGGGAGGCUUUCUUAACGAGGAGACGGGGUAAGGUCAUGGCGAUGGCCUCCUUUGCAGACUCAAAAAACUGAUUGUUGUCCAGGGCCCCAUACAAAAAUAAAUUUCUUUCUGGACACAGUGUACGAAGGACAGAGGAGCGCAGGGAAGAGUAGGGCUUUCAGCUGCACCACCAGCCGAUCUGCUUGUCAGACCCAGGCCUCGGGGGCCACAUGGGAGUGGGUCCUGCAUAACGUGAGUCAUCUCGUGGGAAUGCUCACCGUGCCGUUCCAUGACGCUCCGAAGCGUUUCUUGUACGAGCUGCUCCUGCACACCUUUCACUUCCUUGCCUUCGUCUGAUGAUUGGACACGCCUUGGCGGUCCGUGUUAACAUCUGGCAGCGGAGGAGGUCCCCAGUGGAAGUCUCUUUAUGCAGGGGUCCUUCCCCUGUACAAUGGGGACCGGGGACCUGGGACCUGGGGUGGAAGGUGUUGCAUCGGGCAGUAGCAUACAACAGGUUUUUGAGCAAGUUCACUAACACCCCAUCCACCUGUCCAUUCUGUGGGCGGGAGGAGUCAGUGUACCACACUUAUAUGGAGUGUGAGAGGUUGUAGCCGCUCUUUGAGUUUCUCAAGGGGCUGCUGCGGAGGUUCCGUCUGCACUUCAGCCCUGUACUCCUCACCUACGGGCACCCAGGUCAGAACAGGGUGGGCUGAGAAGAGGAUCUCCUGGUGGGCUUGGUCCUGGGCCUGGCCAAGAUGGCCAUUCACUGGUCUAGGUGGGGGGUGGCAUUGUCUGGGCCAACUGCCUGCCCCUUUUCCAAAGAUAUGUUUGUGCCCGGCUGUCCUUGGACAGGGAGCACGCGGUCGCAAUGGGUACAGUGGCAGAUUUCUGGGAGCGGUGGCCCCGCCCAGUCUAUUGACUGUUUUAUAGAC